UUUAUGGAAGUUCUACUGUACUAUUUAAUUAUAAAUUGUAAAAUUCAAAAAAAUUAAUUAUAUUUAUUAAAAUCAUAUUGAUUGAAAGUUAUUAAAAAUAGUUAGCAACAAGAAUAUGCAUUGGUAGUCAAAAUUUUAUAUGUUUUCUAAUACAUCUGAUCGGAGAUAAUCUAACGUUAUGGAAAUUAAUUUUAUAGACAUCCAAUAAAAAGAGCCGACGAGCUCUAUUAAAAUAAGGUGCAUGAGCGUAUUAAUUUAACCCAAUUAUUUUAAUUCCGUCCAAACAAUAAAGACAAGAUAGUAUUAAAUACUAUUUUAUCUAUAUGUGUAUAUAUAUUGUCAGGGAAGAUGAGAUUGUUGUCUCUGUCUUAGAAAAUAUAUAGAGAAAACCGAAAAAAGAAAGGAAAAUAUAUAUGCGAAAGUUAUUAAGAGAUUAGUGUCGGUGAUGUUUUGAACUUCUCCUUUGCGGUUUCGUGUUCCUCCCUUCUCUUCUUGGCCCACGUGUUCGUCAUAUCUCCCUCCGCAUGUAAUCACUUCGCCGUCAAACUCACAUCUUCUUCUUCUUCUCAAGUCUUUAGAUCGGUGAAAACGUUGAUUCUUACGUGGCUUUUUGGAAUCUCCGGCGAAAACCCUUAUGGAGACAGCGAGGGAAGUGGCGGCGGCUGUACCUGCUUCGACGGUUGCGUCGGCGGCGGCGACGAGGAAGAGAGAGAAACAGUAUAAAGGGAUAAGGAUGAGGAAGUGGGGGAAGUGGGUGGCGGAGAUCAGAGAGCCUAAUAAACGGUCGAGGAUAUGGCUUGGCUCUUACUCUACUCCUGAGGCGGCGGCGAGAGCUUACGACACGGCGGUAUACUAUCUCCGGGGUCCUUCCGCUCGGCUUAACUUCCCGGAGCUUUUAGCCGGCGUUACGGUGGAGGGAGGAAACGGUGGUGGGGAUAUGUCGGCGGCUUAUAUAAGGAGAAAAGCGGCUGAGGUUGGAGCUCAGGUGGAUGCGUUAGAAGCGGCGGGAGGGAAUCGUCAUCACCAUCACCAUCAUCAUCAACAACAACGUGGAAGUCAUGAGUACGUGGAUGAUGAUCAUAGUCUUAAUCAUAGUGAUUAUCGUCUUAAUGAUGGUCACAACGAGUGUAGUAGUAAAGAAGAGUUUAAGAGGUGUAACGGGUCAUGGGAAGCCGUUGAUUUGAACAAACUACCCGACCCGGAAACUUCUGAUGACGAUUAAGGAUCUUUCUCCGACCCACCACGAAAAAAACGUUGUAGAAGCAAGGAAGGUUUAGAGAAUGUUUAUCUUUAUGAUGCGCCGGAGGUUGCUAACAUGCACCUCCACCCUGAGUUUGUGAUCACUAGUCCUAAGUGUAUUGAUAUAUUUUCCAUAAAUAGUUUUCAUUGAUAACUCUUUCUAAAACUUCAAUUAUCGUACUCAGAAUCAAAGUGUUGCAUGUUUGGGAUAUAUGAAACAAAUUAAACGAUCUUCUCGUUUUCUUUUUGC